AUGGGCUUCUUGGAGAGAUCAAGGUCAUUACGCCGUAAAGAGACUCCUUUUAUGCGCAAGAAGCUUGAUGAAACAACUACUUCCCAAGAAGCAAAAGACGCCAAUGUCGAGAGAGAGGCGCAGCGUCCUAUCAAGAGUGCUCAUGGCUACAAAGACUCAGCAAUGAAAGGAACACAGACCCCAUCAGAGGCGUUAUCGAGGCCUCGCACUGCUAGCAAAGUGCCCAUCUUGGAGAAGCACCCGGAGGUGCCCAUGCCGAACUCUGCGAGAAACUUCGCGAGAAGAAUGUCCAUGACCCCAUCACCACGAUCAACCACGACCAAACUGACUUUACAUGCCAACCAUUCCACGCCCGGUGUCGCGUUCGAGAGCCGUCCGAGUAACCCUAAGCGAUCUAUGACUACACCUAUCGAACCCCUUCCUACCUUGGCCAGGAAGGAGGAGAAAUCGGUUGAAGUGGUUGUGCCUCUUGCUCCUCCCAAGGCUGAAGCACCUUCGGCUGCUCCACGCAAGGAGCCUCAUCUGCGCAAAUCAAAAUCUGGUACCUGGAGGUCGUUCUUCUUGAGGAAACAAUCGAAGCCACCGCUUCCUGACUUCAAUCCAGCAGACGUUGCUCCUCCACCGGCACUCCCAAAACCGUCUAUCAAGAGCUUUAUGCCAGCGAGCUCGGCCAAAGAAGGAAAGAAGCUUCAUCGCAACUCAAUCUCGGUGGACAAGACAAGAGGAAACCAGACCGGUACUCGACAACAAUUCACAAAGAGCAUGGGUGACAGGUCUGCGCUGCCCCAACUGAAGGUAGCCAAUCUUUCGACUUUGGAGCCUCCACCACGAUCGACUGCACGAAGUCCGAGUGCAGAAUCAGCCAUGUCACAGUACUUCGAUGCUGCAUCAUACAACAGCGGUCCCUCACUACCGGUGACUCCUCUAGGCGGUCCUAACAGGCUUAACGUCAAUAUUCCCGCUGUUGAGAUGGAGCGCUACAGUGUCAUGUUCGAAAAGCUGCUCCAACCUCAGACUUCAAUCAUGGAUAGACGACAGACAAUGGUGAAACAACUAAAUCUUUCAGAUCAGCCUUCAGGAAGGUCUCCUACAUUGCAACGCCGUGCCACUUCACCCAAUCUUAGUUGCCGUACCCCCAUGGCUGCCGAGAUGAACGGAGAUGGUUCUCAAGUGGCCACCCCAGUGCCCGUCUACCGCGACUCAAACACACCACGCCUGUUGCGUUCGCAAACCGCGCCACCAGGAGCACUUACAACCUCGCGCGAACACCAAAAUCAGGCACCGAGCACGACCAACAACUCGUCUGCAUGUUCCACAAGCUCACACAUGUGGAGCGACGCAUCUCGGCCGCAGACCCCAGCUUCUGAUGCAGAAUCCUUUGUCAGUUUCGAUGUCAACGACGACGAUGAUGACAGUGGUGAUGACGAUGACGAACUCGAUGAUACGGGAGUGUACAUACAUGACGCCGUGGCCAUGCAAGCGACUCCUCUGUUCAAAGACACCCACUGGAGGAACGACACACCCAUCAUGUCCUGCGCUCCACCAAUCCCUCCCAAAGCACUAGGUCGCCAGAGUCCUCCCGUCUUCGAGCUGGAACAGCAAGCAGCCUCACUCGAUCGCCCACACCCACCACGCACGAGCUCCCUCGAUGACGUUGCUGCAAAACGCCAAACCCACAUUGGCCCUCAGAUCGGGAUCGCGAGGAAGAUUUCUGUGGUGCGCAGAGCUCCUGCUCCCAGCAGACUCAGUGUGCCUUCGCCCGCGCAGGUAAAGUCUCCUGCUGCUCUUGAUCCGACUACUCCCAUGCCCGUGUUCAGUAAGCAACCGCUGCGCCCGAAGCUUGUAGAUGUGCGCAACCGCAAGAGUACUCUGGUUGUGCUUGAUGAGGCUUCUCCUAGAGGGUUUUGA